UAUAAAUACAUAAUAAAUAAAAAUUAAAAAUAAAUAUUGAAUAUAAAUACAUAAUAAAUAAAAAUUAAAAAUAAAUAUUGAAUACAAAUACAUAAUAAAAAUAAUUAUUAAAAAUAAAUAUUAAAUAUAAAUACAUAAUAAAUAAUAAUUAAAGUAAAUAUUAAAUAUAAAUAUUAAAUAUAAAUACAUAGUUAAUAAAAUUAAAAUAAAUAUUAAAUAUAAAUACAUAGUUAAUAAAAAUUAAAAUAAAUAUUAAAUAUAAAUACAUAAUAAAUAAAAAUUAAAAUAAAUACAUAAUUAAUAAAAAUUGAAAUAAAUACCUAAGACAAAUAACAAAAUAAAACAAAUAGAUAAUACAUUAAUUUAUUAUAAUCUAUUUUAAUAUUUAUGUUAGGCACAUGACUUAAAUACGCCGCACGUGACUUAAAAAUCAUUGGGUACCUAGAGUCUAGUGCCCGGAUACUCGUCAGGUUUCCCCAGUAAAUUUACUUCUCCGAGUGUACAGUUACAAUGAGAUGUCCCAAAUGCAACCAAAUAGUGGAGGACGAGGAAGCCCUUGCAGUACACUCGAUUACGUCAUGCAAGGAGCUUCCACAAUCAAGCGGACCGUCAGUGCGAGAUCGUACGUCUCCAAUUACGACAAAGCCUACAGAGUCGCGAUCGGUCAACGUCAGAGUGAGUUUCGUGUGGACGAAAUCUCUAGCCACCGAUGAGAGAGUUAUCGUUUUGAUGGGCAGUGUUUUCGAUCAGGUACCUCUUGGGUUGGUAGCUGGGACAGAAUCUUUCCGGUCUGCUGGGAUUGAGGUGGCAACAGGAACAUACAGUGGUUGUCAAUUGAUUGUUAAAGGAGGGCCUUAUGAGACAAAACCAAUCACAAUCAGCAAUGACGGACAAAUUAUACAAAUUCGGCUAUUACAUGAUGAAAGUCGUUAUGGUGAUCACAUGUCAUCUCACCAAACACGAUUGGGCACCGUGAUUCCACACACACACAGUCGUCACAUGUCUCUGUCUGAAGACACGGGAGAGUUUAGUGGAGCAAGUCACAGGUUUAUUGCUGGAGAUGUUUAUGAGCGGCAACGAUCAUAUCAAGGACAUCAGUUUGACGCACUUCAUGAGGGUCAUAUAGCAAGUCAUUUGCCUUAUCAUCGCCACUCGUUGCCGGCUAAUCAGUCGUUUAUGCAGCAUGCACACUCUGUUGAUAGAUACUCUUCAUUUGAUGUCACACGUUCGGGCAGACAUUUGGGCUCCACUGAUGUGGUAUAUACUGGUGAUGCUCAUUAUUAUCAACAACCCAGUAGGAGGGAAGGGGCAGCUUAUUCUGGUGGAUCAAGAUUUCAGUAUGAUACAUCUUCUUCUACUAAUGUAGACUACUCGAAGAGCAGCAGACAGAGUGCCAGUGAGUUGACCUUGCACAAGGAUCAGCCUGCUGCUAGAAGUUUGCCUGACCAACAAUCAUUUGGCUUUACAUCUCAUCAUCGGUUUCAUGGUGAUGAAGUGAGGUACGAGAGAGAUGUGCAAUCUAUUCGAAGCGAGCACCCACAGUCUGAUGUUGUGAGGAUGAGGCAGCAGCAAGAGAUGUAUGGUCAUCGUCACAUUCAUUAUCCCCCCAUUGAAGGACCUCAAAGCCUGUCAUAUUCUGGAGGACAGGAAUAUGUUAAGUCGCCAUCGUCAGCCCCUCAUUCGAUUGAAUCGUUAAGUAAGAGCAAGUCUUUUCAUGGAGACGAAGGUAUGGAUGCUGAUCGUAUGUUGGCUGAUGACAAUGUGUUCAAAAAUAUGUCUGCUGAGAUUCAACAAUGUCGUGCUCGUGAAGACCAACUACUACAGCGUGGAAAAGAUCUUGAGUUAGCUAUCAGACAGAAGGAGCAAUUACUUUGUGAGAAAGAUGCCGAGGAGCAACAUCUUCAAGCUACAGUUGUAGAUCUGCAGAGACAGAAUCAGGCUUUACAGGAUGACGUACGUAGCGAGCAGAAGAAAACCAUCAAUUGUAUUGAAAACUUUCAGGUGGUUAAUAGUGAACUAGAACGAGUACGAAGGGAAAAUGCAGACUUGAAUGUUAAACUGAAGAAUUGUGAGGAGACGUUGCAACAGAAGCAAAUGACGUUUGAUGAUUUCAAUCAACGUAACAUUCAACUGCAAGAGAAAGUGACUCAUCUUGAGAGUGAGUGCCAUGACCUUCAAGUGAAUAAGGAAAAAGUCAGUGAAUACGAGAAUAAGCUGCUGGUUGACUUAGAAUCCUCACGAGGUGAAGUACAACAUUUGCAGAUGGAUAAUGAAUCGUUAAAUGAGCAGCUUGUGGACAAAAAAGCUGCUGAAAGUUCACGCAUUGUGGAACUGGAAAAGCGUCUACGACAACUAGAGUCUCAACUACUGGAAGAAAAUGUACAACAACAUCAGCAAGGGAAUCAAUGUGAGGAACAGGGACAACAGUUGGAGUCACAAGACCAGGAUGUGGUUUAUUUACGAGAAGAAAUGACUCGUAUUCAACAGCAAUUAAACAACUUUUGUCACGUCGUGAGUAUUCAACUCGAUGAAUUACAAGUUGGUGGUAAGAAGUUGGGAUCAGGAUUGUAUGGAGUUGUUCAAGUUGGUCGCUGGCAUGGCAAUGAUGUUGCUGUCAAGACAUUUCAUGAGAGCUUGAGAGUUUCUGGACCGGGACUCAUCUUGUUGAGAGAACUGCGCAUUUGUAGUCAGAUGCAUCAUCCUAACAUCGUCCCAAUCUUCGGUAUUGUAGUAGUCAAUGAUGUGCCUUUUCACUUGGUGACAGAACUGCUUCAAGGCUCACUGAGUGAUCUAUUAAAGGCAGCACGUAAUUCUAGGCACUCGUUGUCAUUCAGAGAGCAAGUAGAUGUGGCUGCAGACACAACAACCGGUAUCAUGUACAUGCACAGUCUUUGUUCUCAGCCGUACAUUCAUUGUAAUAUUAGCCCCACAAAUGUGAUGAUUACGCGAGACAUGAGAGCCAAAGUGGGAGAUCUUGGGACUAGUCACGUGACCAACAGCACCAAAUCACUCGAUGCCUCAAGCUCGGUGUACAUUGCACCUGAGCAAGUUUCUACUGUGCAAGGAACAUCACAUAGUAGCAAGUCUGAUGUCUACAGUUUGGGUGUGACAUUGAUUGAGUUCUUCACAGGGCUGAUGCCAAUACCUGCUGAGAGUCAGACUCAGGUUCAUCAUGUGGAGAACACUGAGCUAAGGGACUUGUGCAUACAGAUGACACACAUGGAGCUGGCUGAACGACCGACAGCUGCAGACUGUCUAGACAUUCUAAUGAGACAGAAAUCAAAAGAUCUUUAUAAGAUGCUGUUUGGUAGAAGACUCGUACGAGGGAGACUGGAAGGCGAAGAGAUGAGUAUUGUUGAUGUCGGAUUGAUAUGACAGUGACGCUAUGUUUUAGUAGCAGAUGGGCUUGGAGCAAUGUGCAGGCAUUUUUGUAAUGGCUAUUGAUGUGCGCAUGCGUACACAGUUUUUAGUUAUAAUUGCAUCAUUUUAGCUGUACAUAUGAGCCAUUGAAAAUUUUGGACUUUGUAAAGUCACACGACU